CAAUAUUACCAACCGAAAGAAAAGCAGUGCAAUUUUCGAGCUCGAAAAGUAAAGUAAGUCGUUGCUAGAAGUAAAUAAAUAAAAACAGAAUUUGUGAACAAUAUAAAUUAAGUUAUCUUAUAUAUAAGGAAAAAAUACAAAAACAAAAUAAAUUGAUAAAGACCACGAUAAAGGAGAAAGCAACAAAACAAAGAAGAAGGAUUUUCGCAUAGGUGCGCGCUGGUAACAAAGAAAGGAUCAAAUUAUUUGCAGCAAAUUCAGACAAUCUAGAUUUACUUGACCUUAACAGCCCCAACUCGAAAAAAAAGAAAUAGAUUUAUAAAAUUUAUAUUAAAUAAAUAACAUACAAUAUGAUGAACAUUCUUGGGAGACCAGACAUUGAUGCUGGUGAAGUGUUUGUGAAUUUCAAUCAAAAUGUAACUUCUUUAGCAGUUGCCACCAAAGCUGGUUAUAGUUUAUAUAGUUUAGGCUCAAUCGAUUCCACUUUGGAUAAAAUUUACAGUUGCCCUUCGGAGGAAAUUUUCUUAAUUGAACGACUCUUUGAGAGUUCGUUAGUAGCCAUAGUUUCUCAAAAAGCACCAAGAAAAUUAAGGGUUUGUCAUUUUAAGAAACAGAGCGAAAUAUGUAACUAUUCCUAUUCGAAUACAAUUUUGGCUGUUAAAUUGAAUCGUGAACGUUUAAUUGUAUGUCUUGAAGAAAGUCUUUAUAUACAUAAUAUACAGGAUAUGAAAGUUGUGCACACCAUACGCGAUACACCAUGCAAUCCAAAUGGUUUGUGUGCUCUUUCAUCAUCCGAACAAUGUUAUUUGGCAUAUCCUGGUAGUACUACUUCGGGCGAAGUGCAAAUAUUUGAUGCCAUCAACUUACAUGCUAAAACUAUGAUUCCUGCUCAUGAUACUCCACUUGCUGCUAUAGCUUUUAGCCCAUCUGGCACUGAAAUAGCUACCGCCAGUGAGCGUGGCACUGUAAUUCGCGUUUUCUCAACUUUAGAUGGUGCUAAAUUAUUUGAACUGCGACGCGGUCUUAAACGUUGCGUAUCCAUAGCUUCCCUAUCAUUUAGCACAUGUGCAGAAUAUUUAGUAUCUAGUUCAAAUACUGAAACUGUACACAUAUUCCGUUUGGAUCGUAGUGCAGCAGAGAAUGCUGAAACGAAACAAUCAUCCGAUGAUUGGAUGGGUUACUCGUUUUUUAGAUUCUUAAGUAAGACUGUAACCAGCGUCUUGCCAUCCCAGGUAACUGAUGUUUUUAGUCAGGGGCGUGCAUUUGCCUCAGUUACGCUACCAGAAGCAGGCAUCAGGCGCAUGUGUGCGAUUGCCACAAUACACAAGCAACUGAGACUCCUAGUUGCUUCACAAGAUGGCUAUCUAUACGUUUAUUCCAUUCCAUCUGUCGAGGGUGGUGAAUGUCAACUGAUAAAAAAACAUGAUUUGCGUUUAGAUGAUAGCUACGCAAUGGAUGUUAAAGUUGAUUCACCACAACCUUUGGGUGGUGGCGGAGUUAACGAUGAUGCUAAAUCUAGCCCCUCUGGACCAAGUUAUGCUUCUGCUGUUAAGGGCGAUGAAAAUGCCUCAACUUAAGCAUUCUUAUUUUUGUUCAAUGUUUUAAUUUUUGAAUACGUGAUAAAUUUUUUUAUUAAUUAAUUAAUUUCCAUCUUGCGAUUUUUCUAAUCACGAAGUCCAUUUCGCGAGGGCAAUGAACUUGUUUAUUUGAAGUUAACAAGAAACGAACGUUCAAGCUUAAAGUACUUUUAAUAAUUUUCUAAGAUUGAGAUUCUAAGAUUAAUAAAUAUUUUUGUUUCGGUUUGUGUUUAUUGUACGAUAAUGUUUCGCUUCAAAUUUGAUUCAAGAAACUUAUAUAUAUAUUCAUUAAUUAAAUCAUCAUAUGUUAAUGUAUAAGUUUUUGUGCAAGUUUCGUUUUAAGUUUAGUAAUUAAAAUUUCAUAUCCUUUUAGUGAUUUCUAACAAAUCUACAAUAAAUUUUUUAUAUUUAAAUAAAAGUUGAAUACAUCAAACGUUUAUUAUUUUUAUUUCAACUUAUAUUAUUUUAAUAGAAUUCUAAUCAUAUCCUACAAGUCUUGCAAGAACAAAACAAAACAGAACAGAACAACUAUAUAUACAUAUAUUUACCCACCCAAUUCACAAUAUUUACUCAUAAGAAUGUGCACACUUCUAGCAUUUACCAUUAACUUUUUUUUAAUUAAUUAUUUUUACUUUAUUAAUUAGUAGCUAAGGCAUGCAAACUUUAAAAAUGU